AUGGAUUGUUGGAGAAAAGUUUUAGACAUUCCUAUGGACAAUGAUAUUUUUGGUUUAUCUAAUGGGACCCAGCUGAAUGGAGCCCUUCAUUUCCUUUGGAUCAAAAACGAUUCAGACAAGCCAUCGGGGAUUGUUGCUUUUAGUUUGGUGGAUGAGAAAGUGUGGAUGAUUCCCAUGCCUACUCUAUUCACCGAUUUUGAUGAGGCAUCAAACCUAGGGGUGUUUGGAGGAUGUCUCUGCAUUCUACCAUAUGGUAAUUUAAAUUUUUGGAUUAUGAAGGAAUAUGGGGUGAAGCAGUCUUGGACUAAAGUUGAUGUUAAAGUCCCAGUGCCGUUUUCAAAGACCAAGGCAUUCGCUUACCUGAAUUAUGAAGAAACUUUGAUGUUGAGUGACUGCACUAAUUCAGUUUUAUACAACAUAAGAGAGGAAACAUAUAGGGAACUUGACUUGCCUGAUCAGGCCAAGGAAGAUGAGAAUUUUCACGCCAUAGUAUAUGUAGAUAGUCUCGUAUCACCUCUCAUGAAAAAUGUGUGA